GUAUUAGCUAGUAUCGGUGGUAACAAUCGUUUCUUCAGUUCAAAAGUGAAUGAUUGUUUUUUAACUAGAAAUCAAUAAAAUAAUGGUAAAAAUGCUGUUUAUAACAUUCGGAAGGCAAUCACUGCAAGUGGUAUUGAUUUUUGUAAUCAGCAGUUCAUUAAUUUGCAUUUCUUCAGUCAAGUGUAUGGCUGAAAUUUUAGCACAAGAUGCGUUUCAACUAAAAAUGUUAAAUACAAACGAACUCCUCAGUUCAGCAGGUAAAUCAAUCUUAUUAAAAUCCAUGUACGAAGAGGGUCAAAUCAACGUAAAAGAAUUUGAUUGCGGAAAUCCAUGCAGAAACAUUACGUUAUUGGUAAUGGUUAUUUCGUCAGUAGAACAUACAAGGAAUCGAAUGGUUAUAAGAUUGACAUGGGGCCACUGGACCUUACGAAAAGAUGUUAUGGUAGUCUUUGUGGUUGGUCGUAGCUCCAAUGACUCAGUUCAGUUGGAAAUAAAAAAAGAACAAUAUCUGUAUCAAGAUGUAAUUCAAGGAUAUUUCGUAGACGCAUACAACAAUCUUACACUGAAAACUGUAUUCAUGUUGGAAUGGAUAACUGUGAAAUGCCCAAAUGCAACGUUUGUAUUAAAGACUGACGAUGACGUUUUCAUUAACAUUCCACGGUUACUGAAGUACCUAGUUGAUCAAAAUUUUACAGAAAGAGCAAUUUAUGGCAAAAUAGCUAAAUAUUGGAAACCUUCUCGAGAUCAAAGGUCGAAACAUUAUGUGUCCUUUCCAGAAUUUAACGGAACAAUUUAUCCUGAAUUUACAACGGGACCAGCUUACGUGUUUCCCGCGUUUCUCUCACAGGAACUUUUUCAAGCCAGCUUAACUCAUACUUUUUUCAAACUUGAAGAUAUCUUCUUGACUGGAUUCGUCGCCCAAAAUUUAGGAAUUAAACUUGUAAAUUGGCCGGAAUUCUUUAAUAUGAGAUUAUCGAAGUUGGUACCUUGCAAGCUUCAACAAUUAAUAAGUAUUCAUGAGGUUUUCGAAAAACGACAGUUUGAGGCUUGGUUAAAAGUUAACGACAUGUAUGUAAAGUGCAACUGAUGUUAGAAAUAACCUACGGGACAAAUAUGUAAUAAAACCAAAUGUAUAUGUAUGGGUGUUCCUGUGUACCUAUGUGUGUAUGUGUGCAUGUGUAUAUAUAUUACACUGCUCAUGUCACCUUCAUGUUCAGUUACACAGCGUCAAAGUCGUGGUGUAGAUUGUUGGAUGUAGGCCUUAUCUUCACGACGCUACCCGACAUCAAUACGAUAUGCUUACGAUACAGUAAAAAAUUGUAUCAAACUCAUCUUAUGCACAUUUGAUAAUUAUCGCAAACACAGAUAUAACCAACGGCUUGCAUGUGUUUAAAAAGAUGUCGAGUGAAAAAGAGCCCUUAUUAUUUAGUCAUGAAGAAGAAGAAGAGCUUGCCAUG